AUGGAGACAUUGAGCAAAGCAAUUAGCACCAAAAGAAGGAUAUCCUCUCUACCAGAGCUUGGAACAAAUGAGGCAAGUCAUAAUUCAAAAAAUACAUUCAUGGUUCCUGAUUCAUUAAGCCAGAAAACAAAUGAGAGACGCAAAGGUCUUAUAAAGGUUUAUGCAAGGCUAUCUUCUGCAAUGGCAACAAGAUAG